AUGGGGAGCUCAUCGAAGGACGAUUCUGGCAGCGACGCCGAGGCUUCAAGCGGCGACAAAACUCCUUCUAAUUCCAGUCUGUUCUCCGAAGGCGAACGCGUUCAAAAAGCUGAACUCCGUAAGAAGGAAUGGAGAUACUUUGUUCACUACCUUGUCAGAGUGGAACAUUGCGAGAAAUCAUUACUGUGGGUUGGACAUAUUGCCAACAGUUGGGACGAAUGGGUAGGCAUGGACCGACUAAUGAAACAUACUCCAGACAAUGUCUCGAAGCAGCAAGCCCUGGAGAAAAAACAAGGAGUAGACAAGAGUUCGAAGCCUGGACGUUCUUCUCAAACAAAGCCAAAAAACUCUACUGAUUCAAAGACGGACAAGGAAGAUCCUAAAAGCAAUGUGUCGAAAGGGAAGAAGCGUAAAAGUGAUUCAGGCAUUGAGAAGGAUAAUUUGCCUGUAGAAAAGCUUGUCAAGAUCCAAAUUCCAUCAACACUAAAAAAGCAACUUGUUGAUGAUUGGGAAUUUGUCACCCAGCAGGAUAAGCUUGUUAAACUUCCCCGAUCCCCAAAUGUGGAUGAUAUCUUGACAAAGUACCUAGAAUAUAUGUCAAAGAAGGAUGGCAUGAUAACUGAUUCUAUUGGAGAAAUUUUGAAAGGCAUGCGGUGUUAUUUUGACAAAGCAUUGCCUGUGAUGCUCCUAUACAAAAAAGAGCGUCAGCAAUAUCAUGAUACUGUCAAAAACGAUGUCUCUCCAUCGACUAUAUAUGGUGCUGAACAUUUACUGCGGCUCUUUGUUAAAUUACCAGAGCUCUUGGCCUAUGUGAACAUUGAAGAGGAGACAUCAACCCGCUUGCAGCAGAAAUUACUUGACUUUCUCAAAUUGGAUGAAAUGGAGCGGGAAGCUCAUAACCAUGCUCAACUUGCCAGGACAAGUAACGAUUGUACACUUGCAUAA